CAUUUUGAUUAUACUACACAUUCUCUCUUAUAUUUAUAUUUUUGAUGCUUGUUGAAAUGGUUGUUUCAACUAAAUUAUUGACCCUUUUAUCAAUUAUCUCUUUGAUAAUCUCCACCUCCACAGCUCAAACAUCUUUGAGACCAAAAGCACUUGUUCUUCCAAUCACCAAAGACAUUUCUUCAACUACACCACAAUAUGUAACUCAAAUCAAACAAAGAACACCACUUGUACCAAUCAAACUAACCAUUGAUCUUGGCGGUGGCUACUUAUGGGUCAACUGUGAAAAGGGUAAUUAUGUCUCAUCCACUUCAAAACCAACCCUUUGCACCUCUUCUCAAUGCUCACUCUUCGCUUCACAUGGUUGCAAUAGUGAAAACAUAUGUGCUCGUUCACCAACCAACACUAUCACAGGUGUGUCAUCUUAUGGUGACAUUCAUUCAGACAUUGUUUCUGUUCAAUCCACCGAUGGAAACAAUCCUGGGAGAGUAGUUUCUGUUCCAAAUUUUCUCUUCAUUUGUGGUUCAAAUGUUGUACAAAAGGAUCUUGCUAAGGGUGUCAAAGGCAUGGCUGGUCUAGGAAGGACUAAAGUUUCAAUAUUUUCUCAGUUUUCAUCAGCUUUCAGUUUCAAUAGAAAAUUUGCCAUUUGUUUGGGUUCUUCCACUAGAUCAAAGGGUGUACUUUUCUUUGGUGAUGGACCUUAUAAUUUGAACAUGGAUGUUUCAAAGACUCUAACUUUCACACCUCUUGUCACAAACCCUUUUAGCACUUCUCCAAGUUCUUUCUUGGGUGAACCAUCAUAUGAGUAUUUCAUUGAUGUGAAAUCUAUUAGAGUUUCUGGUAAAAAUGUACCUUUGAACAAAACCCUUUUGAAAAUAGACACAAAAAAUGGUGUUGGUGGAACUAAAAUUAGUACUGUUAAUCCUUACACUAUAAUGGAAACUUCAAUCUAUAAAGCUGUUGUUGAUGCUUUUGUGAAGGAAUUAGGUGCACCUACUGUUGAACCAGUAGCACCAUUUGGAACAUGUUUUGCAACAAAAGACAUUAGUUUUUCAAGAAUGGGACCAGGUGUGCCUUCUAUUGAUUUUGUGUUGCAGAAUGAGGAUGUUUUAUGGAGUAUUAUUGGUGCUAAUUCAAUGGUGUCACUUGAGAAUGAUGUGAUUUGUUUGGGUUUUGUGGAUGCUGGAUCAAAUCCAAAAGCAUCUCAAGUUGGUUUUGUGGUUGGUGGUUCUAAACCAAUGACUUCUAUCACUAUUGGAGCUCAUCAAUUGGAGAAUAAUUUUUUGCAAUUUGAUUUGGCUGCUUCAAGGCUUGGUUUUCGUUCACUCUUCUUGGAGCAUACCAAUUGUGACAACUUUAAUUUUACCUCCUCUGUUUAGAACUUGAUUUUAUUGUAUAAUCUAUGCAUGUGUGUAUAAACUAGGUGGUGAAUAAGUGAGGUUCUAUUGAUGUAUAGCCUCACAAAAUUUAAUUUCUUUAGUUGCAAAAUAAAGACUGGUAUUUGGCUCAAAUUUCCUAUGUGUGAUUAGUUUUACAUUGACUAUAAA